AUGCCCUCCACGCACAAGAAGGACAAGCCGUGGGACACGGACGACAUUGACAAGUGGAAGGUGGACGCGUUCACGGCCAAGGACAACCUGGGCGGCACGUUUGCCGAGGAAUCCUCCUUCGCCACCCUCUUCCCCAAAUACCGCGAGGUCUACCUGAAGGAAGCAUGGCCGCUCGUGACCAAGGCCCUCGAAAAGAACGGCAUCGCCUGCACGCUCGAUCUUGUCGAGGGCUGCAUGACCGUCAAGACGACACGAAAGACGUUUGACCCCGCCGCGAUCCUCAACGCCCGCGACCUCAUCAAGCUGCUCGCGCGCAGCGUCCCCGCGCCGCAGGCCGUCAAGAUCCUCGAGGACGGCGUCGCAUGCGACAUCAUCAAGAUCCGGAACCUGGUCAACAACAAGGACCGCUUCGUCAAGCGGCGCCAGCGCAUCCUCGGGCCCAACGGCACGACGCUCAAGGCCCUCGAGCUCCUGACGCAGACGUACAUCCUCGUGCACGGCAACACCGUCUCGGCCAUGGGGCCCUACAAGGGUCUCAAGGACGUGCGCCGCGUGGUCGAGGACUGCAUGGCCAACAUCCACCCCAUCUACCACGUCAAGGAGCUCAUGAUCAAGCGCGAGCUCGCCAAGGACCCGGAGCUCGCCAACGAGAGCUGGGACCGCUUCCUGCCCAACUUUAAGAAGAAGACGCUCAGCAGGCGGCGGCAGCCGCUCAAGGUCACGGACAAGGCCAAGAAGGUGUACACGCCCUUCCCGCCCGCGCCGGAGAAGAGCAAGGUGGACAUUGAGCUCGAGAACGCGAGUUACUUUAUGAGCAAGGGCGACAAGGACCGCGCGGCGCAGAACGAGAGGCUGGAGAAGCAGAGGGAGCGCAAGGCGGAGAGGGAGAAGGAGCGGGAGGCCGAGUUUGUGCCGCCCGAGGAGGCCGAUCGGCCCAAGAAGAAGCGCAAGAAGAGCAAGGAGGAGUAA